CCCCCCUCAAACACCAUGGAAAUCAGCAAUAGCAAAGCCCCAAGUAGAGCUAGAGAUGAGAUUGGAACUACCUUGUCAUCCCCAAGAAACAGAGGCGAGCGUCCAAUCCUCUCAUCCAACGGAGGCAGAGGCAUCUCAAUGAUGUUGGGGAAGAUGCUCACCGAGAACAGAUUUGCUUUGGCUAAAGCGGCAGGGGCGGCACGCUACGCUUGGGGAGGAUAUGGAGAGGUGAACGUACAACCAACGGAGACCCAAAACCUAUUCAUCUUCACCUUCAACAAUGAGGCAAUUAGUGAGAAGAUAUGGAGGGACCGACCAUGGAGCCUAUCAAAUACUCUAACGGCUGUCGAAAAAUGCAACGGAAGAGGUAAACCAGAAGAAACUCCCAUAGAGAAGGUAGCCAUGUGGGUGCAGAUUCAUGGUAUUCACCAAAACCAGAGGAGCGAGGAGAACAUGGUGGCGAUAGGCACUCAUUAUUUCCCAGGGAUGCUCGACCUGGAUAGAAUGAGCUUGGAAUUUACAGGAUACAUGAAGUUUCUGAGGAUUCUUGUGGAGGUCAACAUUGAAGAAACAAUUCCAACCGGUUUUGACCUCCCAUUCAUAGACGAAAUCACGGGAAAGGAUUACUGCGAUGUAAUCGAUUUCAAGUAUGAGAGUUUGGUGGAAUUGUGCUAUUUCUGUGGGAGAGUAGGCCACAACUGGCCGACUUGCUGGAGGAUGAACAAAGAAAGGAAGAGGAAUGGAGUGGCUUACCUGUCUGAGGUAUACAAUUCCUCUCUCAAGGCGGGAAUUGAUUUUCCUCAUAGGCACCAUUCGGCCAACUACAGAAGCAGCAAGGAGGGGGAAGGCUCAAAAAGCUAUCUGGCAGGAAGAGAGAGCGCGAGGUCGGGAAGCCAGAGCAGAUCGGAAGGGGUAGAGGGAAGAGCUUCGUCGGGUUCGGAAGGCAGGUUCUCUGAAGGGAAUCUUCAAAUCCCUCCAGGUUUUACUGUGAGAAGGCUGGAAGAGGAGGUUCAAGGAGAGGAGGAGCAAAUCGCGUAGGGGAGAUGGAGAGGGAGGUACAGGGAAGAGAUUGGGGCGAUGAAUUUGAACGUGGAGAUGGAUAGGGCGGCGGCGGCGAUGGAGGCAGGGCUUCGAUUGGAAGAGGGGAGAAGCGCUUAGGAAAUGGGGCGGAUUCCAGUGGCUGUGGAGACCAUGUUGUCUCUUGGGACAACCCAAGCAAUCACCCCAGCCCACCUGUCUGUCCCAGAAGGCCCAUAUGAAAUAGCUUAGUAUCAGCAUGUACAAGAUGAAAGGGAAUGGGAGAUGGGCCGAAAGCAAAAGAAAAGGAAGGGUAUGGG